GACGUAGAAAGAUAUAGAGGCGCAUUCUGGUGCUGCAGCGUCGCGAGGUUGCGACGGCGAACAAACUCCGAUACCGGUGACACCGUAAUUUCACAAUAAACAAAAUUGUUCUCAAUCGAGAGGGAAAAGAAUGGGGAGAAGGAUACUGAAUGAUGCGUUGAGAAGUAUGGUGAAUGCUGAGAAGAGAGGGAAAGCUAUGGUGGAGCUUAAACCUAUAUCCAAUGUCAUCUCUUCCUUUCUUCAUAUCAUGAAACACCGCGGAUAUAUCAAGGACUUCCAGGUCUAUGAUCCCCAUAGAGUGGGGAGGAUCACUGUUGAACUACAAGGUAGACUUAACGAUUGCAAGGCCCUUACAUACCGACAAGACUUAAAGGCAAAGGAUAUUGAAGCCUACAGACUGCGUACUCUUCCAACAAAUCAGUGGGGUUAUGUUGUGAUUACAACCCCCGAUGGUGUUUUGGAUCAUGAAGAGGCUGCAAAAAGGAAUGUAGGUGGUCAAGUUCUUGGUUACUUUCACUAAAGUCGUCCUUUACCUUGUUAUUUUAACUAGCCACUGUGUUCAGCUAAGUUUCCCGAUAAAUUUUCAAAGAAUUUGAUGAAAGAAUGUUUUAUUCAGCAAAGGAGGUUUUGUUUUC